AUGCAACGCUUGCAGACACACAAGCUUAUUCAAAGACUGGCGACUAACGCGCUGCCGUCAACCAGGAAAACGUUGCUAACAACCUCCAUAUAUCCAUCAGCAAAUCAAACCUUAGAGACUUUACUGAUUCUAAUAUCCAAGAGAUUGGAGUCAAUGUCGAAGCUUCCUUACAUCGGCAUGAUGAAUGUGAAUAUGGCCAAGAUCUGGACUUCCUACAUAUCAAGUUGCCAGGAUCUACUGAAUUAUACAAAUGCCGGCGAUUAUCAGGAUUUGAUGCACUUCCAAAUAGGAAAUGAUUUACAGAAUAAACAGUUUGUGUCUAUUUUGGAGAAACUACUGAUUGACCAUGCGGAUAAUAUUCCAUUUUUAAGAGAUGGCUUGACGGAGAGUGAAAUCUUCAAAAAUGACGAAUCCAAGGAACGUGAGUUUUUGAAUCUACAUUUAAAGGAACGUAUUUUAAUGAGAUUAAUUGCAAGUGAUCAUAUUGAGAAGUCGAAUGGGAAUUUAACCGGUGUUGCAGAUCGAAAUCUGGAUGUUUUGGAUGUGCUCCAUAAAAGCAUUGAUUUCGUAGAUAGUAUGACACUGAUGAAGUAUUACGAGAAAGUCAAAAUUGAUAUUGAGACCAGAAUCGUUGAUAAUAACGGAGACGAUAAACUGGUUUUCCCGUAUAUUUCAACGCACAUAGAAUAUGUGUUAAACGAAAUACUGAAGAACUCGGCACGUGCAACAAUUGAGAAUAAUUCGAGUGAGCCAAUAAAGAUUCUGGUUAUUUUAAAUAAGCUAGAGAAAACCCUACAGUUUAGAGUAUCCGAUAGUGGUGGUGGUGUGCCACCACAUAUUCUACCACAUCUAUGGGAUUAUGCAUUUACAACAGUCAACGAAACUUCGAAGAGUGACACUCUUGGUUUGGAUACCGGUGUUCAUGAUAAUAUCGUGGCUGGAAUGGGGUAUGGCCUACCACUGAGUUUGAUAUAUACCAAAAUAUUUGGAGGCGAUUUAAAUUUGAGAAGUGUUUGGGGGAAAGGUACAGACGCAUACAUUUUAUUCAAAGGUAUUUAA